CAGACGUCGAUGUGAAUCGUUGUAUAUCUCUCUUCAGAAGAAAGUCACUUUCAAACCGAAAUCAAGAUAGAGUCUCGAGAUCAUUCUAUUGUGAAUAUUGGGAAUAUUUUUUAAAUAUUUCUAAAAUUUUGCAAAUAAGAGGCUUUAAUUCGAAGAGAAGUUUUCCGGUUUCAUCGUAUUCCUCUUAACUUCAAGAUGACGCCUACGUUCUGUUGGGUGUUCCUCUUGGCGUUGGUGGGCCGCGCCGCGAGCGUACCGCAGCCUCUCGUAGUGGACGCAUGCGCCCUUCUCUGCAACCCCGGAGCAGAAACUGAGUCUGAACAAGCGCGGGAUCCGGUCCUAUAUCCUCGAUAUCCCAAGGUGGACUGCAAGCUCCAGUCCGACUCCGAAGACGAUCAGGCGUGGGUUAUUUCCAGCCAAUGCAUGAAACUGUGCAAUCGCGAGUUAACAACUACCUUGGAAGUUAAUUGUUUCGCUCUGAGAUCAUCCCUCGGAGCGCACUUAGGAUGUUUCUGUGAAGCUUUGACACCCUUGAGCCCCAACACUAUGCGCCUUCACGAAAGUUGGAGGCUCAAUUACUUAGUAAAGGAGCUGGCGAAUGACAUCCUCAACGUAAUCACCGAUUCACCUCUCGAUAAAAUCAUUCUAUGUGAACUUCACAGAGAGUUUUUUAAAGAUACUCAGUUGGAAAAAACGCCAAACGGAAAACUUGAGAGCUGCUUUAUGAAUUCUACCUCUAACCAAGAAACAGAAGAAGAGGCCUCUAAAUCAUCGACUCGUGAGAGAAGGUCAGUAUUUUCAGAAAAAGAUUUCGAUGACGAAAAUACUGACGAGUUAUUGAAGGGUCGUACGGCGAAUCUGAUAAAUGAUCCAGAUAUAUUAUUACCAAGUAUACCAGACUCUAGAGACAGAGAAGAGGACAUUACCGAAAUACCAUUCGAAACCACAAAAGAUCCCAAAAUACCGAUAGUCACCGAUCACAAUCAUGAUACGAAAUAUCAUAAUAUGGAUUUUGAGGACAAUUUCAUGGAGUUCCAGCAGGAGGACAACCCAAAGGAGAAAUCCAAGGAGGAACCAUACAUAGAAAAAUUAUGCACAGAAUGUCUAAAAUACUGUGAAUCUAAAAAUCUUUUCGGAGAAACUGAUAAAGACAACAUACUCCAUGUAUUUUGUGAGAAUUGUGAUCUCGUCGAAGUUAGAUGUAAGACCACUUUGUUACAUAAACUCAGUCAAUAAUUUAAUAUAUAUAUAUACAUAUAUAUAUGUCGCGUUAAUCGAAUUGCGAUAGUACAUUAUAUAAAAUCAAUUCUAGUCGUAAUUAG